AAUGGGCGAGCAUAAUCUUCUUAAUCCCGGGUUUGUGGGACCUUUGGUAAACAUCCACACUGGAGACACUUUUUACUUUCCGAAUUUCCGAGCCUCGGGGGGACAACUGGCGGGGCUACCAUCUCUCCCCUACCCGAGAAGGGACAAUGUUUGCUCCCUCCCGUGGAACCCAUCCGAGCCCUGCAAUGGAUAUUCUCAAUCAUAUUUUAGCAGCCCCGUGUCUAUUAACCCUUCUUUCAACCGGUCGUGUGAAAUUACUCGACCGGAGGAGAGUAAAUGUUAUUAUAGCAAUGGCAGCGUGAGCAGCAGAGAGAGCUGUUCAGGUGGUGGCGGGAGCAGCCUAAAGCGAGAGGAUAAAGCGAGGGACACAUCAUCAUUCAUAACAUCUGAUCACGGGAUGCACUCUGGCAUGGGCAGCAAUAACAUUGGUGCAUUUUCUAAGUAUAAUUAUGGGACCGAGCAACUCGCUCAAGACCCGCCGUCCUGCCAAUCUCUGGAAUCCGAUUCCAGCUCCUCGCUUCUCAACGAGGGCAGCAAAACUUCCUCCAGCGACCCUCAGACCCUUCUGUCACCAGGAAACCACACCGCCCACUCGGGCAACAUAGCUGCAUGCGGAGGUGCCCCGUGGUACCCGAUGCACACCCGGACCCGAAAGAAACGCAAACCCUACUCCAAGCUCCAACUGGCCGAACUGGAGGGCGAGUUCAUACUGAAUGAGUUCAUCACCAGACAGCGGCGGAGGGAGCUGUCUAACCGCCUCAACCUCAGCGAUCAACAGGUUAAAAUCUGGUUCCAGAACCGGCGUAUGAAGAAGAAGAGACUGAUGAUGAGGGAGCAAGCUAUGGGCUUCUUUUAGAUUUAGUAGAGACGUGGCACCAUAAGGAUAAUCGAUUGACAGGCAGUGUUUCUCCUGUCUGCAAUUGCUAUAAAUGCAUGCAUGCACUCACCUAGCCUACUCUCGCUCCAUCUCCAUCAGAAGGUGCAAAAUGUUCAGGAAAAUAUUUUAGGUGUAGGCCCUAAGGAAAGCGACCAAGUGAUACUGCUGCGAUAACUUAGAAUAUUGGCCGAGUUAUGCAGGAUAGUACUACCAUAGGCCUACAGACGUUAAUCAACUGUGAGAUUAUAUUAUUGCGUCCCAAAGGACGGAAUUAGUGCAUGAUGUCCAUGACUGAUGUCAUUUCCUAAACCCUUGAAAAUGAACCAUUUAUUUUGAUAAAUGAUUUGAAAACUAAAUUAACAAAAUGAAAAGCAAUAUAAUAAACACGAGGCCAGAGUUUGCGAUAAACCUAUCAGGCCAAUUCUUCACCAGUGUUCCUGAAUCAAUGUAGAUUGGUUAAGACGAACGACAUUGGUUGAGACGAACACAAUGCCCUUAUCUGCUUUCUCUAGUUCCCUGCCAUGUGUUUCGGCACGUUCACGGUCACGAGCAAGGAGUCAGACUCCAAGCCGCAAAUCAGAGGAUCUUAAACCUCCAAGCCAACCUCUCUAUGGCUGCAGCGCUUUGAAAUAUUAUUUGCCAUGAAUUCGUUCAUGUGCUGACAACUUUCUCAAGAUAUUUGAUAUUGC